AUUCAAGAGGCAACCUACAGUAUUGUAAUGGAGCCUAUACUGCCAAUGAUAGAAGAAUUCCCAAAUGAUGUGACAAGUGAGGAAGGAUGUGAGGUUCUUUUGAAAGUUAAAUUCAAGGGAACUCCUACCCCAUCUUUUAAUUGGUAUCAUAAUGGAGAGCCAGUGACUGAUGAUUAUGCUCAUGAGCUUAGAGGAGAUGGUAGUCUACUGCUAGUGAGUGUUGAGGAGAAACAUAAAGGAACAUAUCGUUUUGUUGCUAAUAAUGAUGCUGGAACAGUUAGUCAACAAUUUGUACUCACAGUUGCAGUGGAAGGGGCCAGGAUGCCAAUUAAUGGCACCUUAACAGCUAAAAGUGGUAAAAACUUAAUACCUGUGGAACAAUUUGGAGAAUUUGUAGCUAAUGGACAUGCUAAAGGGAAUGAGGGAUUUAGAAAUCAAUUUAUGAUGUUAGACAGAGGUGAAAGUGAACAUAUAGUAACAGUUGGUCUUAGUCCAAGCAAUAAACUGUUGAAUCGUUUUGCAAAUAUUGUAGUCUAUCAACCUCCAUUGAUGAUCACACAAUAUCAUUUCACAUCAUGGCCUGAUCAUGGAGUACCUGAAUAUGCAACAUCAAUACUCCAGUUUCACCGUAGAAUUAAGAAUGAAUACAAACCUACCAAAGGACCAAUGCUAGUACACUGCAGUGCUGGUGUAGGUAGGACUGGUACAUUCAUGGCUAUAGACAUGGGACUACAACAGGCAGAGAAGGAAGGAGGGAUUGAUAUUAUAAGUAUUAUCAAUAGAAUGAGACAACAGAGAAUGAAGAUGAUUCAGACAGCAGAUCAGUAUAUAUUUGUGAAUGAUGCUGUACUUGAGUCAGUGACAUGUGGUAAUACACAGGUUGAUAGUAGGAAUGCUCGUAUUGUAUUCAACAGGAUGAGUAAACCUGAUACUAAAACUGGUCAAACCGGUUAUGAAGAACAAUUUACUGUAUUGCAGCAGGUAACACAAAGACCAGAUGAAGUAACACAUAAUAUUGCAUCACAGAAUAAUGACAAGAACAGAUCAACUCAGUUUCUACCACCUAAUAAUCACAGAGUUCCACUCAAGAAUGAACAUCCAGAUUACAUCAAUGCAGUUUUUAUUAAUGGUUACAAAGAAAAGAAAGCAUUCAUAAUUGCAGAGAGUCCAAUGUUUAAUACAGCUAGAAACUUCUGGAAGAUGAUUGAUGAUAGAAAUGUGACUGCUAUUGUAAUGCUAUGCCAUGAAAAUGAAAAUGAUGAAGAAGUUUGCUAUCAAUACUGGCCUUCAACACAAAGUGCAUUAGUGAUAGGAGAAUACAAUAUUACUCUACUGAAUGAAGACAAAAGUAAUAAAUACAUUGAAAGGAAAUUUGAAGUUAAAAAUAACAAUACUGGUGCUAAGCAAAGCGUGACACAGUUUCAAAUAACAAACUGGGAUUCAACUGGAGAAGUGAAGAAUCCUCAGACUAUUUUAUUGAUAAUAGAAGAAAUGUACAGAACACAAAGGAAAAGAGGAAACACAAGCAUUGUAGUACACUGCAGUGAUACAGUUGGUCGUUCAGCAAUGUUUUGUGCAGCUGCUACAACAAUUAAUAAAUGUAAAACUGAAGGAGUCAUUGAUGUAUUUCAAGUACUCAAAAGUCAACGUAUUCAAAAACCAGGCAGUGUACAGACUAUUCUACAAUAUCAAGGGAUGUUUCAGAUUGUACUAGCCUACUUGGAAUCAUUUGAAACUUAUUCAAAUUUCACUACUUAGACUUUAUAAUUUUUUAUAUUUGUACAUUGAGUGAA